AUGUUUUCCGCACGAGGUGCGGAAGGCGAAGCCUCCAAGCAGUCGACACCUCGGUCAGGAUUGAAAGGCAUUUUACGAGGCACGCUGUCCGACCGUAGGAUGAAAGGUAGCAGGAAGCCGGUGGGAGGAGCCAAGCAAGCCGAGAAGCAGGAUGGGAAGAAGAAAUCAAAGGCUGCGCUUCCGCAAACAGCGACUCAGAAGCCUGCUGAGAAUAAGAAUUUGGCGUCAGCGCUUGCAUCGCAUCUGCAGAGCUUGUACAAGGGAGAAGGGGUGCUGGUGGUGGAGGACGAUAAACGCAUCAUUUUCUACUGCACUCUGUGCGACGUAUGGGCUUACCAUGACGCGAGCCUGAUCGACCAUAUACACGGGAAGAAGCACAAGCGGAAACAGGCGGAAGCCACGCCGCUCACCUCACCACCGUCCAGCGUCAGCGGGAGUCCGCCUUGGGAGAAAACGUCCAAGUUGACGCCGCCGUGGAAGCUCGUUGGGGAAGGGAAAACCUCCGCUCCUUCCUCCAAGCGUAAAGCGCCUCAUUCCAGUGAUGCCUCGAUGUCUGCUGGUGGUGGUUCCAAGCGGCAAAGAAGAGCCAACGGUCAAGAUGUUGCAGUUACACCCGGCGAUGAGGCGAAUGCACGGGACAUUGUUCCAGAAACAGGAGAAGAAGAAGAAUUGGAUGAGCCAUGCCGUCCUGAGGACUUCGCCCUUGCGUUGUUCAAAUUCACGAAUCUGAUUGGUCGCCGAGGAAAGUGGGAGAAGCAGCUGUUGAAAUGGUCGGAUGCUGGCCCUGGUGAGAAGCACAUUCAGAAGGAGGAGCUACCGCUGCUGGCAGAUGUCCCCGCUGAGCAUCCAGAGGAGAUUAAGAAGCAAAGGCAAGACGUCAACGAGAAGGAAGUUUCUGGAGAUGGUGAUGAAGCUGUCAAGGAGAAGGAACCGAACGCCACGUCUGCUGAGCUACAUUGCACAGACAAGCCAGCUGAAGUCAAUGCGGUUGCGGAAGAAGCGGGCGGAGCUCGCAGUGGCGACGACUCUACUGCCGUGCCCGGGCCUCACGAGGCGGCUGCUGGUAGAGUUGAAGAAGACCCAGCUGGCGACACACCUGCAGCUCCAGUGCCAGAAGCAGUAGCAGGGGCCGACGCCUCUGGAGACGGGAAAGCACCAGCGGCAGUGCCAGCGAAGAGGCGGAAAGGAGCCCUGGGAGCGGGUGCAGGAGCGUCGGCAGCGAGGGUGUGCUUCCUGUGCCAGCUACCCAUGAUGGAAGGGCAGGUGGUUGGCGCCCUGUGGAAUGCACGUUUGAAACAAUUCGCCUGCAGCAGCAGAAACCGACACAAGAAGUUCCACAUAUUCCACUCGCACUGCAUAGCGGACUGGGUGGUCUUCUGCUCUGCCGUCGCCAGCACCAGUGUGCCGCCCGCACUCUGCUGCCCGCUCGAGGCCGACGUGGCGCACCUCCUCUCCUCCAUGCACCGCCACCACAAGCCACACACACCGUCCUUGGGGCCAAGCCGUCAGGCCAGUGGCGCCGCCACCCCUGCGGCUGCCACUGCUGCUGGCAGGGUCACGAAGGCUGUGGCUGCGGCUGCGGCUGCUGGUGCUGGUGCUGCCACUGCUGCUGCUGAGGCUGGCGGUAAAGCUCCUGUGUCUGCUGGUGCUGCUGCUGAGGCUAUUGCGACUAACCAGCAAGGAGAUGCGCCUCAGUGCAGUAGGGCUGAGCCUGUGGUAGAGGGUGCGGGUGCUGAUGGCAGCAGUGCAAGCAGUGACGAGCUUCAUUCUGACGCGUGGGCGUGGGCUGGCAUUCCAGAUGCGAUUUACUCCUCUGCCACCGCUGCUGCUGUUGCUACCUCUGCCCUGGCUGCUGCUGCUGCCACAGGGCCAGUGUCCAGUGAAGAUGCGGCAGUGGUGGCCAUCGUGGCAACAGCUGCUGCGUCGGCUGCAGCGUCCCUCAUGGCCCCACCUCCUGCUCCUCCUACCACUGCACCUGCUUUGUCACAUGUUCUGGGCAAGCGCAGCUCAGCUGACACUGCGGCACAGGGGCCAGGCAAGGUCAAGAGCAGCGCGCCUGCAGCAGAGCUGGCAGCAGCAUCUGGAGCAGCUGGAGCUGCCAGGAAAGCCGUGCCAGGCAAAGAAGCAGAAUCCGAGGCAGCAGUGUCAGCAGGAGCAGGAGGAGCAGCAUUGCCAGCGGCCACAGCAGCGCCCGAGGGUGCAGAGGCCCUGGAGGGAGCGAAGCUGCUGCCACUUACUGAGGUGUUCUGCCCGGAGUGCCAGGGCACCGGGCGCUACGGCCCUCGCAACGCCCUGGAGCACCCCCGCUACCGCCUCGCGCAGGUGUUUGACUGGAUUGUGGCCAUGAUGGUGGCUCGGCACAAGGCAACUCUUGCACAGAAAGGGACUGCGGCGAGUAGUGGAAAGGGGGAGCAUGGUGGAGAUACGGCAGACGUGGGUGUGGCAAACAAGGGAGACGCCACUAUGGCAGACGCUGAUGGUGCAGCAGAGGGUGGCGAGAAGACACCAGAGGGGGGCAAGGGGAUACCAGAGGUCGGUGACGGUACACCAGAGGGCAGGGAGAAUGUGGAGAGGUCAGCUGGCAGGGGGGCGGAUAAGGGCUUGUGUGACAAGAGGGAGGAAACAGCAGCCGAGGCUGCUCCUCCUCCUCCUCCUGCAACCACUCCCUCUCAGGCGACUCACAGUGCAGCAGUCACUGGCGGGUCCCCUCCAGGGAAUGAAGCAGGAAUGCAGGACACGGGUGCUGGCAGCAGCAUGGGUGUGGUUGCUGGCAGCAGCAUGGGUGUGGUUGCUGGCAGCAGCAUGGGUGUGGUUGCUGGCAGCAGCAUGGGUGUGGUUGCUGGCAGCAGCAUGGGUGUGGUUGCUGGCAGCAGCAUGGGUGUGGUUGCUGGCAGCAGCAUGGGUGUGGUUGCUGGCAGCAGCAUGGGUGUGGUUGCUGGCAGCAGCAUGGGUGUGGUUGCUGGCAGCAGCAUGGGUGUGGUUGCUGGCAGCAGCAUGGGUGUGGUUGCUGGCAGCAGCAUGGGUGUGGUUGCUGGCAGCGUGCAGGCUAGCAGUCCUGUGGAGAGUGCAGCAGAGAAGAAGGGGUCAGACGGAGGGUGCCGUCUGCGAUUCGCAGACCAAACUGUACAGAAGGCAGCAGACAGUGCAUUCCACAACCUCAGGUUCCUUCCAGCUGAGUGUCUCUCUGCUCAUUUGGGCAAGGGAAAGCGGACAGGCACAGCUACAGGACCAAAAAAGCACGCAUAG